CCCACUACCCACGCACCCAAUGCCUCAUUGUCCUACCGAGUGGAUGUCGAUGAGCACUGCUGAAACAAUGCAUCUGAAACAGAACCAAACACCCCAGCCCCAAACACCAAACUGUCCGGCCCCCAAGUGCCGCCUCCGAUCCCGAUCCAGAUCCGACGGCGACUGCGAUGUUAGGACUCUCCGAAGCCUCGCAAGGUUCCAAAGACGACAACUUUGACAUCUUUGAGUGGUACCCCCAUUACCAGAACUGCCAGCGCUAUUUCCUGGACAAUGCACAACACAGUAGCCCCGUCCAGGCGCUGUCAGCCUACUUGAACAUUCAACUUCCGUUCCAGCGACAACCACAUUCAGUCCCCGACGCCUCUACGGCGAACCCAGAUUCCCAGAGCAGCAGCGGUGAUGCGACGCCUUCGGGGGGUUCUUCUUCGCCGUCACAUACACCCCCACCGAUUUCCCUAGUCCCGUACAUUCGCCGCCUCGUCGCAACAGGGAUGGACUACCCAGGCGUGCUCCAUGGAUUCUUCGGCGACGACUGGCAGUCCGGGGUAGGCCCACUGCACGAAAAGGAGCGUUGUAACUAUCUAUUCGCCGCAAAGAGUGGAGGAUGGGCUUCUGUGAAAAAGGACUACGAUAUCCCCCCACUCGAGACGAUACCUUUCUUACGGCCUCUGCAAGGGCCAUUGGAUUCAGAGAUUGAAGCAGCUGAAAGAAGCUGGAGUGAUUGGCUUGCUAUGGAAGACUGGAUGGUUGGACCUCGAGCGCCAGACACCUUACAGGACUCAUCAUCCCAGUCUUCACAACCGCAGAGCACGCGGGGGUGAAGGGAAGAAAAAAGACAUAUUAAUAUCAUGCAUGGGAGGAAUACUCAUCAUUAUGUGGCUCGGCUUCGUUGACCCUUUCUUUUUUUAUAUUUUUUUUUUCCAUUUUUAGCCCUUGAUAUGCAUUUCAUGGGAGCAAUACUACGGUGUUCAAUGGUCUCAUCAAUAACGACUCUCUACGAAUCCCUGGUUUCUUCUUCAGCUCCCGCAACACAAGAU